AUGCUCCGUGAUAAUGCAUACUCGUGGAGUAAGUGUCUAGUUGGCCGAUCAAGGCCAGUGAAAGCGGUAAUUUGGAACGCUGACAGCUUUGCUUUUUUUGCUACUGCCAUGUUUCUAGACACCUACACGUGGUAUACCGGACAAGCAUUGCCAAAAUAUGAUCAUAUGGAAUUAGAGCAGCGUAGAUUCUAA